UAAAUCACUAAAAAGAUAGUGUAAAUUAGUUAGUUUUAGAAUGCAAUGCACGCCGCCCGAAAUUACCGUUGAGGCGAAUGAAGCAGUAUCGUGCCUCGGACCUUCGAAAUCCGGUGAAAAGUAUUUAGCUGCAUAUCAACACUUCAUUCAAUGGUGUAAUGGAAAGAAUGUGAUCAUCUAUUCAGAAAAUGUACUUCUUGCGUAUUUUAAUCAGAUGCAAAAAGAUAAAAAAUGGAAAUCUUCGACAAUGUGGUCUCGUUAUUCCAUGAUCAAAUCCGAAUUAAUUAUCAAGCAUGGAAUAAAUAUAAGUCAAUAUUUAAAGCUACGAUGUUUUUUGAAAAAGGCCAAUGAAGGGUAUUCUGCAAAAAAGUCCAGAAUAUUUACUAAAGAGCAGUUUGAAGGUUUUCUAGUGGACGCACCAGAUGAUGUAUAUUUAGGAAUAAAGAUUGUUUUAUUAAUCGGAGUAACCGGGGCAUGCAGAUGCGACGAAAUGAUGAAAAUGAAUAUAGGCGACAUUGAAGAUAUGGAAAAUUUAAUCCUAAUAAAAAUUCCCGAUAGCAAAACGAAAAAAGUGCGCUCGUUUACCAUCAUCGGAGAAAUGUUCAUGAAUAUUUACCACAAGUACGCUUCAUUAAGACCGAGAGAUAUGCAAGAGAGAAGGUUUUUUUUGAAAUAUCAGAAUGGGAAGUGCUAUAAAAAUGUUAUGGGGAUUCAUACGAUCAGUGCUGUACCCAGAAAAGUUGCCGAAUUUCUAAAAUUAGGCAAUGUCCAAGAAUAUACGGGUCACUGUUUACGGCGUACUUCGGCUACAUUACUCAUCGAUGGUGGAGGAAGUAUGGAGUCGUUGAAGCGCCACGGGGGUUGGAGGUCAACUUCCGUAGCAGAAGGAUACAUAGAAGAGUCGAUUCGCAACAAAAAAGAGAAUGCUAGCCGAAUAUUAAAUUUAAACGAAACUGCGGUGUCUGAAACAGGCGCAUCAGGAAAUCUAAUAACAUCGUCUUCGCCGAGGUCAUCGCCUAAAUCGAGAGUAAAUACUUUAACAGGGUCUAGUUCAUCGUUGCACGGCUUCAAUUUUCAGAAUGCAACACUUACCAAUAAAUUGUACAUUUAA